AUGCCACAACAGGAAGUUGACGUGGAAUACAACCUUGGGUUACUAGCUCACAAAUCUGACGCAAUUAUUCAUAGACUAAGAGAGCUUUCUGAAUGCCGACUUGCAGUCUCAAAUAAUCUCACUAGCAAUGAGUCAUGUCUUUUGUCUCUAGGUCAAUCCUUGUGGAUUAGGACAAGUACCCUGAAUGCCACGCAAAUUUUGGAAAAGCUCACCAAGACUCUUGAAGCUAAGCUUCAAUACUGUCAGAAUGAACUGAAGAGUUACAAAAGCAACUUUUUAAACGAAAGUGAGAGGAUUGUCUCCCAGCCUUCUUUCACGUCAAAUGAAGCAGGGACCGUGGAGAUUCUAGAACACCUCGAUGAAGAAGAUAACAUUCUUGACGUCAGAAUUAAUGGUGAUAAAGUCCCACUAAAAAUUAGUACCAAAGAUAGCGUGGAUUUUAAUGAAAGGCUGUCGCCCAAUACAAAGUUGACUUCAAGUGUAAACUCGGAAGCGCAGGUGGACCCAAAAAGCUUUCAAAGGGAGUUAUAUAACAAGGACGAUAUAUUCAACCCCAACACUUCAAAUUUAGAGCCUACUAACAAUAGUUUGUAUGAGUUUGAGUUACUUGCAGGUGAACUAAACGAAACGGACGAUCAGGAAGCUUGGAUCAUGAAUGACUCUUCAGAUGCUAAUGAUCAAGAUUCCCAUCAGGAAGAUUGGAUGAGUCAAAGUGAUGAAGAAUAUUCUGAUAAUGUUCUUUUUGGACCUGGGAUGUCUCUUGUGCCUUCCCAUGGAUCUAUCGAGAAAAGACUUAGGGAAGAGCUUCAAAGAGUUGAGUAUCGUCCAAGAGCAUCAAACCCGGGUGAAAUUUCUUCCGAAAACACGCAAAAGAAUGUACAUUUUAGCAAAAAGCUUGAUAUCAAGACUAUCGAAGAAGAAGAUCCAUCCGGCGCAACGUCCCCAGGAAGACGAGCCCUGAAAUUUAGAUUAGAGCGUGGGCCUUCCUAUCACACUUCUCGACGAGCUGCAGGGAUUACCGAAAACCAAAGCGUCAUGGGCGAUUUGAUAGUCGAACGAAACACUACCGAUACCAGAGAAGCAAAUGAAGCGAAAAAGCAGCAUCAUGAAGUAGAAGAAGAAGAAGAAGAAGAAGAAAAAGAAGAAGAAGAAGAAGAAGAAGAAGAGGAAGAGGAAGAGGUGGAGAAGGAGGAAAAGGAAGAGGAAGAGGAGGAAAAGGAAGAGAAAGAGGAAGAGGAGAUGCAGAAUCUAGUACGCAAUUAUUACAAGAGUAUGUACGAUACUAGCAACACGCAUGAUGGGCCUCUCAUCGACGAUGUUGAAGGGUUAGGAUACCUUGAUGCUCGCGAUGAUGAUGAUUCGAAAUCGCUUCCAAUUGAAAGCAGCGAAAUUUUAAAAGACACAAUAUUUGAGAGAAACGAUGCCAGCGAGAAACCAGUCGAGACCACCAACAGUAUUAACCAAGAAAUUGAGAACGAGUAUGAAUUAAUGAAGCGCAGGUUGGCAUUGAGAAGACGCUCUUCCGAAGAGCUGAAAACCGAAAUAGAGCCGAGGGAACGCACAGGGAGUCGGUUUGUUAGAUCAAUGCGAAAGUCCAGAAACGGUUAA